AUGUCGAUUCUUUUAAAAUCCGCAAAUGUUGUCGGAUUUCUUGCAUUAGUAGCUAUAGCUGUUUUUAUAGUACUUGAAUAUUUAAGUUAUUUUCCAGGCAGUAAUAGUCAAAAUAACAGUCAAAAUACGGAAAGUCAAAAUGCGACUAACACUACUACAACUUAUCUUACACCUACAGAAUUUACUUUUGGAAUUUGGUUUUUGAUUUUUCCAUUACUUCUUGGUUUCAUUAUCUGUCAAUGGUUCGAGUGGGCGAAUGAUGCUGUAGCUAGUGGUGUUUCGUACUUUUUUUUCUGUCAAGCUGUUUUGAAUGUUGUCUGGUUGAUUUUAUGGGGUCUCUCUUUUUAUCUUAUAGAUGCUAUUAUACAAGUGGUCAUCUUCAUAUUGUUCUUCUUAAUAUACUUCAACAUCUCAUCUUACUACCCUCCUCAAGGAAUUUUUGAUAGUCUCUUCAUAGCUUAUCCAUUUUCAAUAUUAGCCGCUUGGAAUUUAUAUAUUUUGUUCCUUUAUUUUUGGAUUGCCAUCCCGGCUAUUAAUAUUGUUUCUUUAACCAUUGUCGUUUUAGCUUUUCUAUCAAUUAUUGGUUUAUACAUUGUUGAUUAUUAUGUGAGAAAAGAUAAUAUUUUUGCUGUUACUAUCAUUUGGAUAUUAAUUGGUAUUGCUAUUCAUAAUGUCGAAACUUUGCCUGUAUUUACAACUGCUUUAGCAGGAAUUGGGUUAAUUAUUGGUGGUAUUUUUAGAAAUUGGUGUUCAUUUUCUGUUGAAUGGUAUGCUAGUUUUAGAUUUGUUGAAACUGGUGGUGAAUAUGGGUCAUCUUUCAGAAAUUAUAGAUCCGAUGAACCUUUUGGACCAAGUGGUCAUAAUUUUCCAGAACGUUAUGAUGAUAGUAUUUAUAAAUAA